GUCCCAUUCGUUUCCUUGGAAACCACGGACGGCAACACAAUACGCAGACGGAGCUGUCCGACCUAGACUCCAGUUUUCUACACCACAAUCUCACUUUUUAACUUUUCACCGACGUGUUGUGGACUCUAGAGGAAAUCCGCCAGAAUAAUAGUUCUGCUCAUUUGAUUUUAGGGGCGGUACAGCUGAAUGACCCUGGAAGUUUCCUCAUGCCGGGAGAGAGAUGAAUAAUUCCUCUCAAACACUGCCACCCUCGUCCCCAUGUCCCAACACCUUUGGAGGGUCCCUGUCUUUCUCCUCCUCGCCACAGCAGACAUGCAGCGGCAGAAUGUCACUCCCACUCUCACCCAUUUCCUUCCCCCCGUCCCCAAGCUCACUUUCUCCAGCGACAGCCGAGUGCUUUCGCUCCUCCUCCCCUCUCUCACACUGCACAGCAACUCAGUGCCUCGAAACACAAAAUGUAGAAGGCCCUGGACUUGGAAACAUAUCUGACCAGGAUGACCUGACCUGCCUCAGCUGGCUACAUCAGAGAGGCAACCUGCUACCACUGCAGCCCCUUCCCAAAAUGACACUACUGCCUCAGCUAGAGUCCUCCGCACCUACCCAGCCUCUUCCCCCUGCUCUGUCCAAGCCGCCCUACUCCUUCAGCAGUCUGAUUUUCAUGGCGAUAGAGGAUUCGCCUGACAAGAGACUUCCUGUUAAGGACAUCUACGAAUGGAUUGUGAACAAUUUCCCGUACUACAAAACAGCGUCUGGAGGCUGGAGGAACUCCGUCAGACACAACCUGUCGCUGAGCAAGAGCUUCUGUCGCAUUCAGAGGGACAAGAGCCAGUCAGUGGGGAAGGGAUCGCUGUGGUGUGUCUGUCCAGAGUAUCGGCCAGCGCUCCUCGAGGUGCUGAGGAAGACCCACAGUUAUCACAGCACUGACAGCAAUCUGAUAAACAAGCCUGCACUGUUGGAUGGAGCUGACUAUGGGGUGCCUGAAGUCUGCGACUCUAUGGAAAUCUCAGAUCCACUUGCUCAGACCCUCCUCCUCUCCAUGGACUCACCCCAAACCAUGACCCUUGACAAUCCAAGUUUUGCUGAAAACCCAACGUGCCGUUUGAAUCUGGAUCACGAGGAGCUUAUCACCAUGGAGUCGGCUGAAUACAACCAAGAGCAGGUCAGCGAGGAGAUGGAGAAGGACCCCCUGUCAGACAGCGGGUACAUCGAGUUACACUACUACCAGUCUCAACAGUACCAGUACCUGGUGCUGCCUGGUGACACCGAGCUGGACCUGGAGACUGUGGAGAUCCUCCAGCUGGAUGCAGAGGCCCAGGAGGCGGCUGGGUCACUGCUGGACCUAGCAGGAGGUGGAUAUUAACUUGACAUCUCAUUUAAGUCACAACUGAUGCAAUGCUUCAAUCCUCUGUAAGCAAAUACUCCAGCAGAGCGACAUACUGUAAAUGAGAUUUAUGUCGUGUCAUGUUUGGUAAAUUGGCUGCUUCUUCCUGAGACACCAACACUGCCCUGUGUCUUGUGUAUUCCAUUACAAUACAUUACAUUCAUUUAGCAGACGCUAUUGUCCAGAGAGUCUUACAAUAAGUGCAUUCAACCAUGAAGAUAUUACCCAAAGUGCAACAAUCUUAGAGUGCAUAAACAUUUAUCAAAUAGGCAAAAACAGCUUAAAGUGCUGUUUUUUCUAAUUUAAUUACAUUUUUUUGAUAAAUUCAGGGAGUAAGGUGCUGUCUGAACAGGUGAGUUUUCAACCUGCGACGGAAGCAUUCAAGGGAUUCUGCUGUCCUGAUGUCAUUGAAGAACCAGGAAGGAAAACAGACGGGAUUUAGAUGAGCAGUUCCUGCUGCCCCCAUGCGAGAAUGAGAAUUGUUGUGUAGUUAGAUUAAAACAUAGCUCAACUUAACUGAUGGACUAACAAAACUGUGGAUGACAUUGAUUGUAUCCAGAUGUAACAGAGGGCAGCCAGUCAAGUGCUGUGCAGUGUGUGUAAACACUCUAGCCUCCUUGCUAGAAUGUCCGUCUCCCAAGCUGGACGUCGGGGUGUUCCAGGACACCCCUGUUACAUUGGUGCCGUGACCCGGGUGGGAGUUAAACAGACAAGAAGCUGAGUUUACCAUCAUACGAUGCCAUACGAUAACUGCUCUCAACCAAAGACUUGAGAGUGUAACAUUAAACUGAUGUAUAUGGACACAAUUAUACUCUGAGAUUCUAAAAACUGAGAAGAAAGUAUUAGUGGUGUAUGGUCUUCAAUACAAUAGGUUAUUACAGUUUCCACUGUGAUUUUCUGUACAGAAUAAGUUCAUUCUCAGGAGUGGAAGGAGUGGUUUGUUCUACCUGAAGUAUAAGCACUGUUCCUUGAUUUAAAUACUUCCCAAAUCAAAGCAGGAUUUAUAUAGGAUUGGAAGCUGCACAAUGACAGUAAAAAAGUAGCUGUGUUCUGGUUGAAUACCCUGACUCACGGCUACUCUGUUAACAUUUCAAUAUGAAAAUGUCUUCCCAACCAAUUUUCCAAUUCUUUCAAUUGGUAAGCAACAUUUCUUAAUAAGAAUGUUUUAGCACAGAUUACUUUAUGAGAAAAGAACAAUCUCAAGUUGAAUAUCUUGCCCUCUAACACUUAUUGUAGUCUGUUGUUUUUCUAAAAGUAGUUGUAGUAGUAAAAAACACUUUAUUUAUAAUAUAGGUCAAAUUGUAGACUGUACUCAAACAGUAAGAAAGCACUACAUUACUCUACUCUUAUCAAUUUUUAUAUCUUAUUAACUUAUUAAUUGUCAUUCUUCAGAUCAUGUUCCCCACAGUUGUUUUUAUGUACAUGUUAUGAUGUUAUGCGAAUUUGAAAAAGAUCUCGUAAACUUAGCUAUGCUGUGUUCAACCAGGAAAAGUUGAUUGGAAUUUUUACUUAAAAUGUAAGAUGAACCCACUGCCAUUUGAAACAUGUUACAUUUUCAGGAUACACUGCAUUUCUGUUUGUAAAUCUUAUGUAUUUUUUGAAAAGUUCAGGAUUUUGUAAUGUAACGAAUAAAAUCUGAGAUGUGUAUUAAAAUGA